CCAUUUCCAAACGCACAAAAUCCACGUUGCUACAUUCAGGCACUGGAACAAAAUUUGAUUUGCUCCGCUUGGAGAUUGGAUCCGUGGAUCCUCUGAGGUCAUCAUUGCCAUCGCAACUGUCAUUACCAUUAUGAGGCGUCACUUCGUGCAAUCGCCGCUGCACAAUCGGCUGCGCCGUUUGAGGAGCGGAUCGGAGCCGCCUUCCGGAAAUCCCGAGGAGGACAGGAUGUGCUGGAUUUGUCUCACCGGCGAUGAGGAUCAACGUCGCCGGGAUUGGGUGCACCCGUGUCGCUGUCGCGGCACCAAUAAGUGGGUGCACGAGUCCUGCUUGAGUCGCUGGGUCGAUGAGAAGGAGAUGCUGCUGCCGGACGUACCGGUGACCUGCACCCAAUGCCGCACGGAGUACAUUAUAGUGAUGCCGCAACUGUGCCGCUUCGAUGUCAUCCUGGAGCGCCUGGACAAGGGCUGCGAACGUAUGUGUCCCAGUGUUCUGAUGGGCAUCUUGGCGGCCACCGUCUACUUCUCCGCGGUGACCUACGGAGCCCUCACAUUGCUCGAACUGGCCGGCUACAGCAUGGGCAUGAAGCUGCUGCAAGAGGAUCCCUCUCUGCUGAUGAUACUGCUGCCUUCGGUGCCGACGCUCCUGAUUUUGGGCAGGCUGGUGCGCUGGGAGGACUGCGUGAUCCGUUGGCUGCGUCGCCACAACCGUCGCGGUGUGCCCGCCGAGCAUCUGGAUGCUUUGGGUCUGCCCCUGCCCGGCGCGCCGCUGGACGAUAAUUACUUCGAUGAGCUGGAGCGCGAGUAUCCGGAAGCGGAUGGCCCAAUGGGCGGUGCCUUUGAGACGGAGCAACUGGGACGCGCCUCCACCAGCUUCUGCAUUGCCCUCAGUCUGCCCACCGUCGCCGUGGUCCUGGGCCAGAAGCUCUUUGGCGGCAUCUACGGGGAUAACAAGUUGCUGGGCAUCGUCCUGGGCGGAAUGGCAUUUGUGGCCGCCAAGGGAUUGGCCAGUGUAUUCCUGAGGCAAUCGCAGUACCAACGGAGGCGCAACAGAUACGUGUUGGACUACACUCCUCUCAAUCGUGUCCACAAUCUGGCCCAGAGGCGCUGAAGGCAGCUGAAAUCCAUCAGUGACAGCAGAGGGCUUUAGUAACUUUUUUUUUAUAGCAUU